AUGCUGUGGUAUCCGACCCUCCUCUUAGUUUUCCUGGCCCCUGCAAGUCAGAAAGCUUCCAACUUAAAAAUGAGAUCAGUCACCAAGGAGACUGGGACAUCUGUCAUGAUCACUUGUGAUAUUCUUGAUCAGAAAAUCAACUACAUCCACUGGUACCGGUACCAAGAGGGAAAGGCCCUGCAACGCCUGCUUUACUAUAACUUCCCCAAGAAACAAGUGGUGGUGGACUCAGGAUUCCGUGCUGAGAAAUAUACUGCUUAUGAAGGCCUAGAAAGGAGCUGUAAAUUUGUAGUCAGAAAUGUAGAAAAAAGUGAUUCUGGUGUGUAUUACUGUGCCACCUGGGACAUGCACACUCAUCUGGGGUACUAUAAAGAAAUCUUUGGUGGUGGAACAAAACUUAUUGUCACAGAUAAAAGCUUAAGUGCAGACCUUUCCCCCAAGCCCACAAUUUUCCUUCCUUCAGUUGCUGAAAUAAACCAUCACAGUGCUGGAACAUAUCUUUGUCUUCUUGAGAAAUUUUUCCCUGAUGUUAUUAAAGUAGAUUGGAAAGAGAAGAACAAUGACAGGAUUCUGGAAUCCCAGCAAGGAGAUACGAUAAAGACUAAUGACACAUUCAUGAAAUACAGCUGGCUGACCGUGACUGGAGAAUCAUUGAAUAAAGAGCACCAAUGUGUGGUCAAACAUGAGAAGGUUAAAGAAGGUGAUCAGAUGAUUCUCUUUCCUCCGAUAAGGACAGCCUUUAUUCCUCCUGAUGCUACAAAAACUUGUUGGAAAGAUGAAAGUGAUGUCCUGCAGCUGCAAUUCACGAACACCUCUGCAUAUUACACCUACCUGCUACUCCUUCUCAAGAGUAUAGUCUACUUGGCUAUCAUUGUGUUCUGUCUGCUCAGAAGAACAGCAGUCUGUGGUGAUGGAAAGACUUUGUGA